ACAGCUCCCCCCAUAUCGUCCUCUUUAUUGACUAGUAUGUCCCGUAAUUACACUUCUAGAACUGGUACGAGAACAACAGCGGGUGGUGGUGGUAUCUCGAGUUUGCUCGAAUCUAACGGUGGUGCCAUUGUUCUCGCGAUAACGACCGGUCGAGGUGAUGCUAGGUCUGAAGUUGGAAUGGCUGCAUUGGAUAUCCGAUGUCCACACCUGAUUCUCUGUCAGAUCAGCGAUUCUCAAAUGUACGCGAACACGUUGAGCAAAUUGUAUUUAUUCGACCCGGUAGAGGUCUUAAUACCAGACACAAUGUGUGAGCGUGUGGCGGGUAAAAGUGUACUUUAUCGUUCGAUAAUGGAGAAAUUUCCCGAGCUAAAAGUAACGUCCAUAUCACGUGUUCACUUCAACGACGCGAUCGGAUUGGAACGAGUGAAAUCCCUUUGUAUUGCUGAAUACUCGUCGGUACAAUUAUUCAUUAAGCAAAAAUACUACGCGUUAGCCGCCGCUGCAGCGCUACUAAAAUACGUCGAAUACACGCAACGUGUUGUUUACACUCCAAAAUCUAUCAAAAUCGAAUUUCAAGGUUCACCAAAUGCUACCAAGAUAGAUUUGGAAAGCGCGCGAAGUUUGGAGUUGGUGCAGUCGCAAUGUAAUCAACGAAAUGUUAGUCUGUUAGGUAUCCUGGAUCGUUGUUCAACGCCGAUGGGUAAAAAACUUUUACGGGUCAAUAUUCUACAACCUCCCUGCGAAGAAUGCAUCAUACUCGAGCGACAGGCCGCUGUUGCUGAACUAGUAUCCAAUCAUUCGUUACGGGCUCUUGUUCAGCCCAUCGUGCGGCAACUUUAUGGUGCAGAUAGGCUUUUAACUUUAUCGACAACACCUGUUUUCCAUGAAAACAGCGUACAAUGUGCGGAGCACAAUUUAAAUUACGUUUUGCUACUGAAAAAUUUAUUGGAUGUCGUACCAGAACUUGGAAAAAUAUUGUCAGCUGCCGAGAGUGAUCUACUGCGCAGAAUUGAAAAGAAGCUAGAGAAUCACGAAUUUCGGUUGAUACUGGAACGAAUUCUCGAAACGAUACAUCCAGAAGCCAGAUCCGUGACAGGAUAUACAUCCUUGAAUAUGCAACGUUGCUUUGCUAUUAAGGCAGGAAUUAACGAUUUAUUGGAUAUCGCCCGUCAAACUUACUGCGAGUUAAUCGAUGAUAUGAAAACCAUGGUGGAAAACUUAGCAUCCAAAUACAAAUUAACUUUGUCGUUGAAUUGUAACGCUUCUCUGGGUUAUCAUUGUCAAGUGAUAUUGCCCCGAAAUUCGAAUGCUGAAAUCUUUGACCCACCGCCCGAGUUCAUAGAGGUACGGAAGAAUAGACGAAUGUAUACCAUGACUACCGGUGCGCUCGCAACCUUAUCGCAACAAUGUAAAAUUGCGUGCGAGGAAUUACAUCUAAUGAGUAACGUUCUGUUGUGUGAUUUACUACAAAGUAUCCGAAAAUACGUCGGUUGUUUGUUCCAAUUAAGCACGGACGUCGCGGAACUUGACUUGAUCGCUUCUCUUGCUCAAGUCAGUUCUUUACAGACGUAUGUGAGACCAACGUUUGGACCCAAGCUGGAAUUAUAUGACUCGAGGCAUCCGGUAAUUGAAGUUUUUGGCCUCGAUGGCCCCAUACCCAAUAACGUGAAUGCGUCGAUAUCUCAGAAUCUAUGUAUAAUUUCUGGACCUAAUAUGAGCGGCAAAUCGACUUAUCUCAAACAAAUCGUUUUGUUGCAUAUAAUGGCGCAGAUUGGAUGUUUCGUACCAGCCAACAAAGCAGUGUUUCGGAUAACGGAUCUAAUAUUCUGCAAGAUAGCCGUUCACGAUGAUAUUGAAUGCAACGCUUCCACGUUCGCUCUCGAGAUGAAAGAGGCGCAGUAUAUCUUACGAUCCGUUACAUCAACUUCGCUGAUCGUUUUGGAUGAAUUGUGUAAAGGUACUGCGAUCGAAGAAGGUUCUUCGAUCGCAUGGGCUAUAUGCGAAAAACUUUUAAAUACGACUGCUUUUAUUUUUGCUGCGACUCAUUUCUCCUACUUAACGAAAUUGACUGAUUUAUACAGCAAUGUGAUCAAUCGGCACUUCGAAACGAUAAACGUUCAAGAAGCAGAAAUAGACCAUUCCUGUAACCGCUUAACGUAUACUCAUCGACUAAAACUGGGCGUAACACCUACCGAGGAUUAUGGCAUCGUUUUAGCUGAAUUAUCCGGUUUACCGAAAUCAGUUGUAGAAAAUGCACGAAAAUAUGCUUCCGAGCAAGUGAUGGUAAUCAAGGGUCCAUUUUACAUUGAAUUCUACUAUUAUUAUUGUUAUUAGUAUUACGAUUGUAUAAUCAGAAACGUGCUAAUCUCCCGACAGACUGUUAAUCGAGUUACAACCAACAAGUCCAGUGCACGGAAAAAAUUUCAUUACGACAAUA